UCAAAAUAGUUCCGUCUCUUUCCCAUCCAAAUUUGCCCCCGUCUCUCCAUCCCCUCCAACCCAAAACAGCGCCACCGACCGCCGCCUCCCGUCAUCCCCUCCGCAUCCAAGUCCUUAAUGCCACCGUGCCUUCGUCUACUACAAGAAAAUCCAGUUGUGCCUACCCAGUCUGCCGAACCUCCAUCACUAAAACCUCCCAUCCCCAUAUGAAAAUCCCCCUGUAAAUUACGCCAUGCUCCACUCCCUCAAACUCCACAGACCCACCCACCUCCUCCUCCCCCACAAAACCCUCACACUUCUCCUCCUCCACUUUUCCUCCUCAGAACCACAAACCCAAAUCGAAAAAAUCGUCAAAAUCAUCAACGACCACCCAUUCCCAAACCACCCACUCCACCCCACCCUCUCCCACCACAUCCCCACGCCUCUCCUCUCCCCUCCGCUCGUCGAAAACGUGCUCGGCCGCCUCUUCGCCUCCCACUCCAACGGCCUCAAAGCCUACGAAUUCUACAAGUUCUCUGUCCAAAGCUCCAACUUCAACCCAACCCCCGACGCCUUCGAGAAAACCCUCCACAUCCUGUCCCGGAUGCGCUACUUCGACAAGGCCUGGGAGUUGAUGGAGGAGAUCAGUCGCUCGCACCCGCACUUGUUGACCUUAAAGUCGAUGAGCAUUUUGCUAUCGAGAAUCGCCAGGUUCCAAACGUACGAGGAAACACUAGAAGCUUUUGAGAGGAUGGAGAAAAGUGUGUUUGUUGAUAAGGAAUUUGGCGUGGACGAGCUUAAUGUGUUACUUAGGGCUUUUUGCACGCAGAGGCAAAUGAAGGAGGCAAGAUCCGUGUUCAAUAAGAUGGUUAAUCGGUUUUCGCCCAAUGCGAAGACAAUGAAUAUCUUGCUGUUAGGGUUUAAGCAAACAGGCGAUAUUACUUCCGUUGAGCUGUUCUACCAUGAGAUGAUUCGACGAGGGUUUAAGCCUGAUAGUGUGACUUACAGUAUUCGAAUCAAUGCUUAUUGCAAGAAAGGACGUGUUGGUGAUGGUUUGAGACUUGUUAAAGAAAUGGAAUUGGUGAACUUGUUGCCUACUAUUGAAACGAUGUCUAGUUUGAUUCAUGGAGCAGGGGUUGCUCGGAAUUUAGCCAAGGCGCGAGAGCUGUUUGAUGAAAUACCCGUGAGAAACUUGGUGGCGGACACUGGGGCUUAUAAUGCUUUACUGAGUUGUUUUGUCAAGUCGAGAGACGCAAAGUCUGCAGCGGAGUUAAUGGAUGAGAUGGAAGAGAAAGGCGUUGGAUAUGACAAUGUCACGUACCAUACUAUGUUUCUCAUAUUAAUGAGGGCAAAAGAUAUGGACUCUGUAAUUGAGCUAUAUGAGAAGAUGGCGAAGAGAAAUUUCGUUCCCAAGGUGCGAACGGUGGUGCUGGUGAUGAAAUUCUUCUGUAAGAGCCGUCGAUCUGAUUUGGGUUUGGAGUUGUGGGGUUAUCUGUUGGAGAGAGGUCAUUGUCCCCACGGUCAUGCAUUGGAUCUGUUGGCGACCGGAUUGUGCGCACAUGAAAAGGUGGGAGAAGCCUUUGAAUGUGCAAAACAAAUGGUGGAGAGAGGGAGGCAUAUGAGUGAGGCGGUGUUUCGGAUGUUGGAGAGGUUUUUGGUGCAGGGUGGAGAGAUGGAGAAGUUGAGGGAGCUCAACGAGUUGAUCAAGCGAUUGCAAAAGGUUUUGCCACCAUCAAGAGGGCAUGCCACUGGUAUUCUCUCAACCCACCAGUAGGAACUCAUGUAGUUUGGCCUCAAUUUUGUGAUGGUACGAGGUUAUCUUCGCAAUCGUUGUAACCUGUUAUUUUUCAUAGAGCACAUGCUUCUUGAACUAUAUUGCAUUUGGAAGGGUUUCAAUUGAAGCAUAUAUCAUGUUCAUUAAUUUCUUGA